CCAAACCAAGGUCCACUCCUACUCAAAUUGUCAAGUUUUGCUGAUAAUGCUACAUUGUGUCUUUAGGAUUUGUAAAGAAAAAAAGACUUUUGUUUCAGUUUUCCCCCAGUUAUAUCUAACACUAGAGAAAUAUAUAAUAGGCUGUCUGUCACCUUCUCAAUGAACUUGAGUAACCAGCCUCGUUGAUCAGUGCGGUGACAGCGGUAUCAACUGUCAACAAGCGAGAAAUCACCUGCUGCACCUUUAAGAAGGUAAGUGUUGGGUGUGGUUUGAUGGUUCCGGAUGAACGUGCCGGAUGAACAGCCAGGUAGCCAAAUGGGUGAUACGUUAUAGCAUGUGGCAGUUCCAAUGUAAAAGAGAAAUGUUGAAUCAUAGUGGCUCAUACGUCCUCUCUCAGCUACUCUAACCAGUCCUAUAUAAACUAGGUGUAGAGGUGUGUUGUGUCACCGCAUGCACAACAGGUAGUCAGAAAGAGAUUGGCAGGCAAAGCUUUUGUCUAACUAGAAAUCAGGGUAUGUAUGCUAUACAGUAGGAGGAAUAAUUAUGAAGGCCUUCGCUUUUGCAAUUUUUCUUCUGGUCAUGCAUCAGACAGGUAAGUGUCCGCUUGUGACAUGUUUAUGAAUAUGUAGCCUAACCUACAUGUGGAUUUGAAACAUCCAUUGAUUUUAGCCGAUACAGUGAAAUUAGUUAUAUAUUACGUCUGAAGUUUUCAUCUAUGUAGGCCUACUGCUCACUUUUAUAUGCUAUUUGUUGAAUCAUGUUUCUUAUCUUAAAUUAUCUUGCUCAUUGUCUUUAUGAAAGUUGCAGCAAAUGGGCGCUCAGAUGAAACCACUGUAGCUGGAACACUGGGAGAGAAUAUUAUACUUCCAUGUGGGAACACUUUGACCAAUGUGACUCCCUCAUUCACGCGAUGGCUGAAGAAUGGACAGUUUACCAUUGAUCGCAAUCAUUCCAUUAUAAUUCCAAUAUCCUCAAGUGAAGGGCACCUGACUAUACUGUAUAAUCAAAGCUUGUACAUCAAUCGAAUAACUCUAUCAGAUGAGGGGACCUAUCUCUGUGAUUCUUUACCACAUGACAACAAAACUCAAACAAGUCUCACAUUGCAAAUAGUCAGUAAGUAUCUGUUUUCUAUCAUAACAAUGUGUGUUGAUGUCCUUCAUAUAAUGACUUGUAGAUACUGUACUGGUAUCUUGGUCAAUUGCCCUGGAAAUUAUUUUGAGCAAUUGUUGCCUUGAAACUGGUUAUUCCAGAUGAUUUGCUGCUGGGGCUGGUUUCAUGGCACAUGCUGUAGGAGCCCAUGUGUCUUGUAGGUAUUUGAACGAGAAUGAUCGGAGGGGUACUGUAGUGUACCUUGACAACUAUGUAGUAUAUGAUGGAUGGAAUGGGACUGUAUCAUUUUUACAAACAUUGUGCAUGUUGUGGCAUCAGUCCACAUUGCUCAAUAAUGAAAGAUGGGUGCCUUGGGUUGUAACAAUGCUUGAUUGUUGUAUACUGUGAGGACUGUUUUCAGGUGGAAAGUGUCUGCCUGCUUUGGCAACACUAUAGUAAAGUACCUCAUGUUUACUUCUUGCAGGUGGUCCUGACAAUAGCAUCACAGACAUCCAGCCAGCCACGCCUCUUUCCAACGGAACCCUCGUUGUUGUCAGGGGUUCCACGGUGUCAUUUAACUGCUCCAGCUUGUCCUACCCCUCCCAGAGCCUGUCCUUGGGGUUUCAGGGUGUGGCAUCCAGUAACGACUCUCUGGCGGUGGGCAGUGGAUCAUGGCUGGGCUUCAGGAUAGAGGAUGUUCAGCCCACAGCUCAGGGGAACUACAGCUGCAGAGCCCAGAACUCAAUCUCCCAGAAGGCUGUUGGCUGGAGCACAGAGCUGCUUGUAUACUGUAGGUGACUAUUAGGGAAAUAGACUCAAUGGUCUCUGAUACAGUGGUUGCUUAGUGACAAUUUGAGUAUCGGUAUAGCCUAAGCUCCUAAUAAAUACCUAUCAGAUACAGUGGCCAGUGGUGCUUGUUCAAAUUACUUGUGUACCUAUCUUAGUGCUGUGUAAUAACCCAAAUACCUCAGCAAUUCUAUACUGUAAAGAGCAUCCAUCUUUCUCCUUUAGAUUCCCCAGAAAGGCACCCAGAGUGUCUGUGGAAGGCAGGGAAGGAUCCGUCUGAUGUCCAGUUCAACUGUAGCUGGUUUGGAGGCUACCCCUCUCCCACGUUAUUCUGGGGGGAGAACCACCAGGAGCCAGGGAGCCAGGGGAACCAGGUGUUUGUUUUGCGUGGGGUUAAAACACAACUUAAUUGGAUACCAUGCAUUUAAAAUAAUUGAGUAUAACACAAAAAAAAAAACGAACUUAUUUCCUUUGUGGUCUUCUUAGGUGGCUGGACGGCUGAUGGAGUCGGAGGAGACAGACAGUCUGGUGGUGAAUCUGAACAGGUCGUUGUUGUUCGACGGGCAGACGCUGAAGUGUGAUGGGCGUCACCCUACGAUCAGUCUAGGAGAGGAGAAGUUCUGCUCCUUCACCCUGAGUAAGUGAGAGAUGACUGCAGACGUAUGCCCGAAUGGCACACUAUUCUCUAUAUACAGUGAGGGGAAAAAAGGAUUUGAUCCCCUGCUGAUUUUGUAAAUUUUCCCCACUGACAAAGACAUGAUCAGUCUAUAAUUGUAAUGGUAGGUUUAUUUGAACGGUGAGAGACAGAAUAACAACAACAAAAUCCAGGAAAACUCAUGUCAAAAAUGUUAUAAAUUGAUUUGCAUUUUAAUGAGGAAAAUAAGUAUUUGACCCCUCUGCAAAACAUGACUUAGUACUUGGUGGCAAAACCCUUGUUGGCAAUCACAGAGGUCAGACGUUUCUUGUAGUUGGCCACCAGGUUUGCACACAUCUCAGGAGGGAUUUUGUUCCACUCCUCUUUGCAGAUCUUCUCCAAGUCAUUAAGGUUUCGAGGCUGUCGUUUGGCAACUCGAACCAUCAGCUCCCUCCACAGAUUUUCUAUGGGAUUAAGGUCUGGAGACUGGCUAGGCCACUCCAGGACCUUCAUGUGCUUCUUCUUGAGCCACUCCUUUGUUGCCUUGGCCAUGUGUUUUGGGUCAUUGUCAUGCUGGAAUACCCAUCCACGACCCAUUUUCAAUGCCCUGGCUGAGGGAAGGAGGUUCUCACCCAAGAUUUGACGGUAAAUGGCGCCGUCCAUCGUCCCUUUGAUGCGGUGAAGUAGUCCUGUCCCCUUAGCAGAAAAACACCCCCAAAGCAUAAUGUUUCCACCUCCAUGUUUGACGUGGGGAUGGUGUUCUUGGAGUCAUAGGCAGCAUUCCUCCUCCUCCAAACACGGCGAGUUGAGUUGAUGCUAAAGAGCUCGAUUUUGGUCUCAUCGGACCACAACACUUUCACCCAGUUCUCCUCUGAAUCAUUCAGAUGUUCAUUGGCAAACUUCAGACAGGCCUGUAUAUGUGCUUUCUUGAGCAGGGGGACCUUGCGGGCGCUGCAGGAUUUCAGUCCUUCACGGCGUAGUGUGUUACCAAUUGUUUUCUUGGUGACUAUGGUCCCAGCUGCCUUGAGAUCAUUGACAAGAUCCUCCCGUGUAGUUCUGGGCUGAUUCCUCACCGUUCUCAUGAUCAUUGCAACUCCACGAGGGAGAUCUUGCAUGGAGCCCCAGGCAGAGGGAGAUUGACAGUUAUUUUGUGUUUCUUCCAUUUGCGAAUACUGUUACUGCACCAACUGUUGUCACCUUCUCACCAAGCUGCUUGGCGAUGGUCUUGUAGCCCAUUCCAGCCUUGUGUAGGUCUACAAUCUUAUCCCUGACAUCCUUGGAGAGCUCUUUGGUCUUGGCCAUGGUGGAGAGUUUGGAAUCUGAUUGAUUGCUUCUGUGGACAGGUGUCUUUUAUACAGGUAACAAGCUGAGAUUAGGGGCACUCCCUUUAAGAGUGUGCUCCUAAUCUCAGCUCGUUACCUGUAUAAAAGACACCUGUGAGCCAGAAAUCUUUCUGAUUGAGAGGGGGUCAAUACUUAUUUCCCUAAUUUAAAAUGCAAAUCAAUUUAUAACAUUUUUUACAUGUGUUUUUCUGAAUUUUGUUGUUGUUAUUCUGUCUCUCACUGUUCAAAUAAACCUACCAUUAAAAUUAUAGACGGAUCAUUUCUUUGUCAGUGGGCAAAUGUACAAAAUCAGCAGGGGAUCAAAUACUUUUUUCCCUCACUGUAGUGCGGUACUUUUUACCAGGGCCCAUAGGUAAAAAGUACACUAUAUAGGCAAUAGGGUGCCGUUUGGGACGCAUGUCUAGCCAACAUCUGAUAUGCCUUUUGUUUGCGUUCAGCUUGAUGUUUUUUGCAUUGCAACUGUAGUUAGACGCCCUGAAACGUGUCAAUAUCAGUUCAGUUCAGGACGCUUUAUUGGGACAUCCUACCAUUGGCCAAUUUAAUACAAUGAUAUUGGGUCAUUAAUAAAAGACACCUCUCCUCUGUCUCUUGUUUACUUUCAGCUUUAAACCAACUGAAUGGUUUCCACAACUGUACACAUUUCAUAGAAUAUUAGUCAUGUGUGAAACCCCCAGUGGCUGUGGCACACCUGGUCUGAUUCCAAAAUAAACCUGCAAGGUAGGGCGCUGUCUGUGUGAUUGCAGAAAGGCGGGAUAUUUUUUUAAUCAAUUAUCAGCGUUUCUGAGCACCAGGCAAAUUGACUCAAACAAUGAGGAGGAACAAAAACAACGUGUAACCUUCACCUCUUACCAGGCUUCACUUUUCCCAUGUCACACCCAACGCAGUUUGUGUGAUUGUGUGCAUACCUGUAUAGAAGGAUAUCUCUUUAGAUGUGUAUCUAUCACUGACCCAGUCUAAACCCCUGUUUCUCUCCUCAUCUCCUAGAGUCCCCCUAUCCUGAAGGGUUACCACUAGUCACAGCGUUAGAAGGAACCAACGUGACAUUAACGUGUACAGAGUCCAGCUCCCUGCCUCCAGCCCUCACCACCUGGCAGAGGACAGCCCAGCAGGAGGACGUGGUCCCCAGCCCCAAGUACAUCCUGUCAGAGCAGGGCCCCACCUUCACCCUCACUAUAGUCAACAUCACCAAGCAGGACGAGGGCUUCUACUUCUGCAGGAGCGAGAACCCACUGAUGGUCCGCGAGUUGGAGAUCUAUUUAACAGUUAAAGGUUAGUUCAGAGAGAGGGUGUGUGUGUGUGUGUGGGGGGGGGGGGGGGGGGGGGGUUUAUUGGUGAAAAAUCUAUAUUUACAGAUUGGAUAUCUCUGCAGACUCUUGUGAUAAUCUAUGUUGAUGAUCAUAUAGGGGCCAGGUGGGAAGGCAGGUGCAGGAAGGUAGCAAGGCAACACCUUCUCUGGAAUGUCGCUAAACCUGUUGCCUCUCCCAGUUAGCUUCUAACAAGACUUCUUAGAUUAUUGUACAUUCAUUUCUCUUUAGCGACUAUUCUCUUAACUUUUUUUUAACUUAAUCAUGUCUAAUGUUGUUUUGUUUCCAUAGCCACCUCUCAAUACACUGGAGCAAUCAUAGGGAUAUUCCUAGCGAUUUUGAUAGUAGGAUCUGGUAUUGUUAUUGCUAAAACAAUAUACUCCAACCGUGACCGAAUAUGCCUGGGUAAGACCUUUUUCCCAUGCAUUAUAAUGUCCCUUUUGUUAAUAGGGCUUCAAGUUUGUAACAGUCCGUGCCAUAUCAGAUUAUCUGCCUUCGUUAUUUUCAGGGGUGCAACUUUCACUGCGGACGGGGGGGGACAUAACAAAACAAAAGAAAUGUCCCCCCACUUCUAAAACCAAAGUUACGCCCCUGGUUAUUUUUGUAUAAUUUCAUGAAAUAUGACCCCCGUCACCAAACCUAAGAUAAUAUAAGAUAUACUUUGAUGAUAACUGACUUGUGAAGUUACUGACUUGCUAAAAAAAAAUAUAUGCAAAUACUAACAACCAACUUUGAAAUCUAAAUGUAUGUUUUUUUAUUACAGGAAAUGGAUUUGAGCGAAUGGAGGAGGAGAGAGGAGAUGUGUUGAGCCUGGUAGAGGCAGAUGAAGAGGAGGUGUUUCAUGAAGCUGUACCCAGACUGCCACCUCUGUCUCUGACCAACGGACACAACACUACACUUGUAGAGAUACACACAAUACCAUCCAGUAAGGAAUGAUUUUCUGCUUCCAGGUUGUGGAGGGGAGGGAUUGCCCACUUGGGUAUUGGCUGUAUAUUAGUUGUUUUCAAAAUGUGUAGUUGAUAUGAAAUGCAACACUAUUAAUGAUGUUGUAUUUGCACAUGUAUCCAUAAUAUACAGUGGAUAGAACUGUUACUGGGUGGCAGGUAGCCUAGCGGUUAAGAGCGUUGGGGUAAUAAUCGAAAGAUUGCUGAUUCGAAAUCCCAGAGCCGACAAGGGGGAAAAUCUGUCUGUGCCCUUGAGCAAGGAACUUAACCCUAAUUGCUCUUAAAAGUCGCUCUGGAUAAGAGUCUGCUAAAUGACUAAAAUAUUACUGUUCUGUUGCUGUUUUGUAUUGACCUUGUACUGUAGAUGCAACUCUAACCCAAAUCUGUAACCCAUCUCUUUUUCAGUUGACCAUGAAGAUGCAGAAAUUGUUGAACAUCCAUUACAGCUAGAAAAUCCUGAUAUUGACGAACUUGUCACAUUUUAGGUGUUGUAAGACUUUUAGAAACGUUUUUUUUUUUGGUGUAUUGAUUGGUGGUUGGUUUGUACAGUAUGUAGAUACAGUAUAUGGGUCUGCUUUUUACCAUCAUUUUUAACUGUUUUGUUUCAGCUUCAGGCUUAUUAAUUUAUACUUAACAGGGUUAUUUCAAUGAAUUGUUGCCAUUUGCCACAUUAAAUGACAUAUUUGACAAUAAUGUAACAUUUUGUAUUACUCAAUCACAAAAUGAAAUCUGAAUAAAACAUUUGAAUAACAAAAGCAAA